AGUUUUCCCGGUGGGGUUGGAUUUUGUCCAGAAAAUGGCCAGAGAACGCAACACUUCUUCUUCUUUUUUGAUUUGCCGAAGAAAUGGCGUUAUCUGGCGUGGCAGCGGCGAGCUUCCCAUUUAGGAUACAACAGGAGCUUGACAAUCUCCAACGAAUACCCAGUCUCAGUCUCGGGCAUCCCAAAUGGGUUUCCCGCCACCGCCGCUGGUGCGCAGCAAGUCCCCAAGAUAGGAAUUCUUCUUCAGUUGGAACUGCUGAAACCCCGUUUCCUGCUGAUUAUGGGGAGCUUCUUGAUCAAGCCAAAACUGCAGCAGAACAGGCUCUGAGUGAUGGGAUAAAGCUCAUGGUUAGUUUAUGGGAUUUUCAUGUGCUAGGAGAUUGAAUUCCCAACAGCUGGGCUUGAGUCUGUACCAGGUGAUGGUGAAGGGGGGAUAGAAAUGACUGACAGCAUGCUCUUGAUUCGUCAGUUUUGCGACCGGUUGGUUAGUCCUCAGAAAGCUUCAAGAACCAGAAUUUUCUUCCCAGAGGCAAAUGAGGUUACGUUUGCUAGGGAGACUGCAUUUGGAGGGUCAUCCCUGAGGCUGGACUACUUGACGAAGCCAUCGUUUUUCGAGGAUUUUGGCUUUACUGAGAAGAUCAGAAUGUCAGACCGUGUAAAGCCAGAGGACGAAUUGUUCCUAGUCGGCUAUCCAUACUUCAAUGUGAAUGAAAUGCUUGUGGUGGAGGAGCUUUACAAGGAAGCUGUUGCAGACACAAACCGUCAAUUGAUUAUAUUCAACGGAGAGCUUGACCGAAUAAGAUCUGGAUACUAUCCACCCUUCUUCUACCCCAAGCUGGCCUCGCUGUCCAAAACGUUCUUCCCAUUGAUGGAGACGGUAUACUACAUUCAUAAUUUCAAAGGACGCAAUGGGGGUGUUCUUUUCAGGUGUUAUCCAGGCCCGUGGAAGGUCCUUCGAAAAGCGAGGAAUUCUUCUUAUGUUUGCCUGCAUCAACAGCAAACCAUGCCGUCCCUCAAGGAAGUUGCUCUGGACAUUCUUCCUGCAGCCUGAGAAACUCAAAUGGCUCCCAUGUGAUGUGAAUGCCCUCCAAUUGAAGGUUUUCUUUUUCUUACAUUUCAAAGAAUUGAAGGUUAAUGGAAGCUAUGUAUUGUUCUCUCGACUGUCUGUAAUGAUCCCAGAACCUGUUUUCCACUGUCAUUCAUGUUUGUACUACAUGUAUUGUGAUGGAAGAUAGAGCAAUAAAUGAAAAAGUGAGACAUAAAUUUCCAGGAGACCAUGUAUAUUUACGG